AUGGGGUGGGGAGAGGCAGCCCAGGAGCAAGUCCACGAACAGAGCUACCUGAGCUGUGGCUUUCAUGAGAGUCGCUCUUUUCUUCCAAUAAGGCGGCGUUUCGAUUUCCAGAAUCCUUCGCGGAUGGACCGCAAUGUGGAGAUGUUCAUGACCAUCGAGAAAUCUCUGGUGCAGAACAACUGCCUGGCCCGACCCAACAUCUUCCUGCACCAGGAGAUCGAGCCCAAGCUCCUGAGCAAACUGAAAGACAUAGUCAAGAGACACCAGGUAGAAGAGUGGGUCCGGCCGGUCAUGAAGAGGGACAAGCAGGUCCUCCUGCACUGGGGCUAUUACCCGGACAGCUACGACACCUGGAUCCCCGCCAGUGAGAUCGAAGCCUCGGUGGAGGAUGCGCCGACGCCGGAGAAGCCCCGGAAGGUCCAUGCCAAAUGGAUCCUAGACACGGACACCUUUAACGAGUGGAUGAACGAGGAGGACUACGAGGUGACAGAUGAGAAGAGCCCCGUCUCCCGCAGGAAGAAGAUCUCCGCCAAGACCCUAACUGACGAGGUCAGAGCCCCAGAGAGAGCUGUGGAGUGGGGGGGGGGGGGGGAUGAGCAGGAGGAUGAGAGCAUGGAGACGGCCGGCAAGGAUGAGGAGGAGAACAGCACUGGAAGCAAGGGGGAGCAGGCCAAGAACCCAGACCUGCACGAAGACAACGUGACGGAGCAGACCCAUCACAUCAUCAUCCCCAGCUACGCUGCCUGGUUUGACUACAACAGGUACAGAGCCAAGGGCGCGAGGCAGGAGGGGGCCGUGCCGGGCGCUUGGCCUCGCUCACGGCACCGGCAUCGCUCCGCUUGGGCAGAGGAGUUCUCCAAGAUGAAGGAGGAGGUGCCCACGGCCCUGGUGGAGGCGCACGUGCGGAAGGUGGAGGAGGCGGCAAAGGUGACAGGUAAAGCCGACCCUGCCUUCGGCCUGGAAAGCAGCGGCAUCGCCGGCACUGCGUCCGACGAACCGGAGCGGAUAGAGGAGAGUGGCGUUGACGAGUCGCGGGCAGACGCACAGCCCACCGAGGAGAAGAAGGAGCCCAAGGAGCCCCGGGAAGGUGGUGCCGAGGAGGAGGUGAAGGAGAAGCUGAGUGACAUUCCCAAGAAAGAGGAGGAGAAGGGCAAGGAGGCCGAGAGCGAGAAGGAGUCGGAGAAGAGUGACGGCGACGGGCUGGGUGACCUGGAGAAGGACAAGGAGGCCAAGGAGGGGCAGGAGGAGGCGCCCAAGGACCUGGUGGAGCCUGAGGCCGAGCGGAAGACCAAGGUGGAGCGCGACAUCG